AUGCAUAGCUUCAUGGGCGGGGGCCUAUUCUGUGCCAUGGUGGGGAACAUCCUGCUGGUGGUUUCAAUGGCAACAGACUACUGGAUGCAGUACCGCCUGUCAGGCAGCUUCGCCCACCAGGGCCUGUGGAGGUACUGCAUGUCAGGCAAAUGUUACAUGCAGACGGACAGCAUCGCGUACUGGAAUGCCACCCGUGCCUUUAUGAUCCUGUCAGGGAUGUCGUGCUUCGCGGGCAUCAUUGCGGGCAUCCUCUCCUUCGCCCACUUCUCCGCCUUCGAGAGGUUCAACCGCUCCUUCGCUGCAGGGAUCAUGUUUUUCAUCUCCACUUUAUUUGUUCUGCUGGCGAUGGCCAUCUACACGGGUGUGACAGUGAACUUCCUGGGCAAGCGCUUCGGUGACUGGCGUUUCUCUUGGUCUUACAUAUUGGGCUGGGUGGCACUGCUCAUGACCUUCUUUGCAGGGAUAUUUUACAUGUGUGCCUACAGAAUGCAUGAAUGUAGGAGAGGAGGCGGCCCUACACGCUAG